UGUCAACUGAAGUCGCGCGUAGCACCAACUAACUGAUAGCUGAUAAAGCAAAUAGAGCGCGGAGCCCAUUUUUGUCUAAGCGAGCAGAGCCGUUUGUUUCUACUGUCGUGUCGUACUACUAAAAGAAAAUCAAAGAAAAAACAAAGGCGAACGGCAUUCAUUCUGUUGUACAGCUACUUUUGUAUAGUUACAAAGGUAACCGGUAGGUUACUUUUGAAUCGACAGUAGUGACGAAAGGGGGAAAUAGCUCAGUUGGUUAGAGUGCUGGUCUGUCACGCCAGAAGUCGCGGGUUCGAACCCCGUUUUCCCCGCCCGAUCCUCAAACUUCCUCCUGCCCGACCCAUUUGGUCUUCACUGGAAGCUGCUGAUCCCGGUGUAGCAUUCAAUACAAUUCUUCUUUCUUCGGUCUCCCCCCACCCCCUUCGUUUGUUUUGUUGUGGGUCGCGUCUCACCGCAGGCACUUAAUGAAUAAACGGAGAUCUUCCUUCCCCCCUUGAAAAUUACCAAGGACUUCGUUGCCACUAGUGGCGAAGAAAAAGUCUACCAUCCCACCCGGCCCGGGGGGGGGUGAAGGUUCCUCUCGGAGACUGCCAGUCUACAAGAAACUGGCAGAGCUUUAGCCAUUGGACCACAUCCAUCCUCCCACCUAAACAGUCACCCUUUUCUUCUUCUAAUUACGCUAGUGUAGACUAAUUCCUUCCUGCUAAUGAAGAUACUACUCCAGUCUUUCCAUUCAUUCCCAGUGGAUCCUUCUUAUCCCUUUUCAUUGAACGAACCAAGUUCACCUAUACGAGAGUGAGGAAGAAAUUUCCAACAAGAAACUUCCUCCCACUUUACUUUGCUUUGGAUGUCCCGUUUGACGAUUCUGCUGCUAGUUUUGAAAAAAAAAAAGAGAAGGACAGGGGUCGCUAGGUCAGAAAAGCUAUAACUAUCAAUUCAAAUUCAGAAAACAUCAAAUCUCCCCAAGUAGGAUUCGAACCUACGACCAGUCAGUUAACAGCCGACCGCUCUACCACUGAGCUACUGAGGAAGAACUCCCUAAAUUUAAUUAAGGAAGCCAACUCUCGCUCUUUGGACCAACCAACCUAUGACCGAAAAGAACAAAAGUUCGUCACUUUUUCUUUUUCACAUACACCGGGAGAAAGGGUGACGAUAGCAAUCCCCUUUGCCUCCCCGGCCGGAGAGCCUCCAGGACAGGACGAGGGGGGCGGCGGUCAACCAUCAACUCUCGAUAUGCAUAUUGAUCAAUCGAUCUCCGCGUCCUGCCAGUUCGCUAAGUAGACUCACUCUACCGAGGGGCAACAAAGGCUGGAACUCUUCCAGCCAAAAAAAGGCUUCUCAUCCUAGGAGUUUGCAAGUAUGAGAGAGUCCUCUCUCUGUCUGUCUCUCCGAGUUUAUACUACUAAGUUAAGUAGCACUUCAUAUUCUAUUAUAGAAUAGAUUCCGAUCAAGCAAGCAGGAAAAGGUGGUCCUUUCAUCUCUCUGCCUGCUCCAUGCUGUAUAGCCUAAGGAUCAUGAGCUGGUUUAAUGCUAGAAUACAUUAGAUCUGCCCAGUCAUUUCGGUAGAUGAGGUAGUGGGAGGUCGCGAAGUGAAGUAAGGGGGCGUGUUAAGUUGAGAAUUUCUAACAUUGUAGCAUUCUUUUCUAGGUUGGGCUUUGAGUUUCGAAGUUUCAAGAACUCUGAAUAUGAAAAUACACCAAAUCAAAUGACGUAUCGAGCGAGACCAUUCUCUUCCAUUGUGAAUGAUAGACCUUUUGUUUUCGACCAACAACAUCUACUCAUAUCCAGCUUCGUGUUAUUUUUGAACACAGCGAUCAGCAAGCGGGGGAGAGUCAAGUAAAGUACAACACAGGACUGACGGGGUGGGGCGCGCCAAAGCAACCCGGGACCCCGGAGGGGUCAGUACUCAAGCGCUGGCGCCUUCUUUUUUUUAAAGGUGAAAAACGCAAAAAAACUACAGCGCUAAUAGCAAGGGCUUUCGCCCUUGCUUGUUCUUUCGCGCCUUGCGCUUAAUCCCUUGCUUGUUCGCCCUCGGGCGCGCUAGCGCACUACGGCUUUGAUGCUGGACUUUGCUGGGUGGGGGAGAAGCAAGCCGAACCUCUGAUCGACCCGGACACAUCAAAAAAAGAAUUCUCGGCGUCGAGAGAAAGACGAGAUUCCUUAAGUAAUUCAGUGAGUGCUUUCUUUUUUUUGGCUUGGCUUGGAAGAAGAAAAUGAAAUACGAACAACCGCGCUGGUCGUAAUAGAUCGACUUGAAUGCUGGAGCAAGAAGACGCAUUCAAGUUCCAUUUCAGGGAAGGACGACGUACCAUGAUACUUUCUGUUUCGUCGAGCCCUGCUUUGGUCUCUGGUUUGAUGGUUGUACGUGCUAAAAAUCCGGUACAUUCCGUUUCGUUUCCCAUCCCAGUCUUUCGCGACACUGCUGGUUUACUUCUUUUGUUAGGUCUCGACUUCUCCGCUAUGAUCUUCCCAGUAGUUCAUAUAGGAGCUAUUGCCGUUUCAUUCCUAUUCGUGGUUAUGAUGUUCAAUAUUCAAAUAGCGGAGAUUCACGAAGAAGUAUUGCGCUAUUUACCAGUGAGUGGUAUUAUUGGACUGAUCCUUUGGUGGGAAAUGUUCUUUAUUUUAGAUAAUGAAACCAUUCCAUUACUACCAACCCACAGAAAGACGACCUCUCUGAGAUAUACGGUUCAUGCCGGAAAGGUACGAAGUUGGACUAAUUUGGAAACAUUGGGCAAUUUACUAUAUACCUACUAUUCCGUCUGGUUUUUGGUUCCUAGUCUGAUUUUAUUAGUAGCCAUGAUUGGGGCUAUAGUACUUACUAUGCAUAGGACUACAAAGGCGAAAAGACAGGAUGUAUUCCGACGAAAUGCGUUGGAUUCUAGGAGGACUAUAAUGAGGAGGACGACAGACCAAAUCGACAUGCAUUUGAGAACGACGGAAGACUUGUAAAAAAGAGAGGGGGACAUCCGGGCUGACCUGGGGCAUUGACGAGGACUCUCCUAUUUCCAUUUUUUUUUUAGUUGGAAAUGCUUUAAGCGCGCGAAAAUCCGGAUGUGAAAAGGCAAGGCGAAAGUCGACCCGGGCCAAACAAAGGACAAUCGCCUCUUCUUUCGGCAUUGCAAACAAGGAUGUCUUUCAAGGAUUCUUUCUUUAAAUAUCUCGAAAUGAGAAAUAUGAUAGAUAAUGUCCGAAAUUGCUGAUGUUAGUUCACCCCAGUAGCGUACGUCAUCGGAACCUCUAUAUUUAUGUUCCGGGGCUUGGCCGGCCCAUUCUUGUCCCGUAACCAUUCGGAGUGGAAGUAGGGGCGUAUGCCGAAAGGAAGAACUACGGCAAUCUAACAACUAUGCGGCCUCUAGUAGUUACCUAGAUUGCUGACUCUGACUAAAAUCAUCAGAGUACAAGGGCGGGCAUUGAUGGCUGUAAGUCGGAUGGCGUGCCCUGCUUACGAGUAGUGGAGUCCGAUACUGCAGCUGUCGCCACUCAUGAGUUCCCUUGCCGCGAGGGUAGGGUUCCAAGGUGGCAAGCCGACGAUAGCGACGGUGGCUCCAUACGGGCGCGGGGUCUGGGUGUGGGAAGAAGACAAAUUUCGGUCAAUUUUUUUCUGAUUUUAAUCGCCGUACGCUACGGGGUGAAGAGAGAGAGGGUCAGUACCUAGGCGAAAAUCGAUGGUAUGGGCGACCUUUCGGCAGCAAGGAAAAACGAUCCCUCUUUUCAGCCGGAUUCACCGAUAGGAACCUCUGCCGGGUACGUUCCGACAAAAAAAGAUUUCCACGCCUUUUUCUUCUGUCAACAACAAAGCAAACCAAGGAGGGAGGGAGCGAUAAUGGCUGGAGGGCUCCCCUCGUGGCGCCCCUUGACUAUAUUCCUUUAAGGAAUAGCAGGGACGGUUGGAUGACUUCGAGUACUGUUUAGUAGCGAUACCCUUUG